CGCGAUAGUUCAUGGGAGCUGUGGAUUCAAACUGUGGCGGUUUGACUACGGAUAGGUGACAAGAUGGCAGCAGAAGAUGAGAUCCAGCGGCUGAGGAGCCAGUUGAGGGAGAAGGAGGAGCAGGUCCAUCAGGCUGCCCAGGCUGGCUUGGAUCUCCUUAACCAGCAGAUGGAACUGCAGAACCGGCUGGAUGAACAGAGAGUGGAGAUGACCAAUGCGCUCGAGGCCCUCGAGCAGGAAAAGUACUCCCUGCAGAAGGAGGUGGAGUUAAAGAGUCGGAUGCUCGAGUCACUGCAGUCAGACUAUGACUGUGUGAAGAACCAGCAGAGACAGCAGCUUCAGGAACAACAAGAACAUCUGGAGAGGAGAAACAGCACCGCACUCAGUGAGCUCAACAACAAGAUGCUGAGGUUGCAGUCGGCUCUGGAAGAAUCCCAGCUGAAUGAGAAGCAGCUGAAACACAAGCUUGAGGUGCAGACAGAGACUCUCAAUAACAAGAUGGAGGAGCUGCGAGCUCUGAAUGAACACACCCAGAGCUCCAUGACAUCUGAGAUGAUGGAGGUGCAGAUGAAGAUCAUGGACCUGGAGAACAUCAAGGUGGAGUUGGAGCAGACUCUGCAGGAGUCUCAGUACAGAGAGCAGCAGCUGGAGCUGACCAACAGCAGCCUGCAGCGCCACCUGGAGCGAAUCACGGAGGAGAAAGAGGAGAGGGAGAAGGAGGCUGUCUCCUGGUUUAAUGCAUUAGAGAAAUCUCGUGAGGCUAACCGGGACCUCCAGAUCCAGUUGGACCAGGUUCUACAAGAGGCCCAGGAUCCAAACAGCAGAGGGAACUCCCUUUUUGCUGAGUUGGAAGAUAGGCGUGCAGAGAUGGAGAGGCAGCUCAUCAGUAUGAAGGUCCAGUAUCAGUCCCUGCAGAAACAGUACGCCUUCAGCAAACAGCAGCUGCAGCGCAUGAAGGUCCAGAUAGCCACUCUGAUGCAGCUCCAGGGUUCCAGGGCUGACCCGGCCCAGCUGGAGAGGCUCCAGUCCAUGCUCUCAGAGAAAAAUGGAGAUAUCCAAAACCUAAUGACAAAACUGCAGAGGCUGGAGAAGGUGGAGAUGAUGAUGAAGUCUCAGCCAGCUAAUCCUGCUCCAGCAGAGAGCGGUGACGGCCAGGAUGAAACUUACUACACUGACCUCCUCAAAAUGAAGCUUAACAACACUGUUAAGGAUGCAGAGCGUCUAGGAGAUGAGCUUUCCCUUCAGAGGAUGAAGUCUUUGUCAGAGAGUCAGAGAGCUUUGGAGCUGGAGAGGAAACUGUUCUCAUCUGAACGGCUGCUCAAACAGGCUCAGAGUGACAAGAUCAAACUGCAGCUACGAGUAGAAGAGCUCCAGCACAAAUAUGAACCAAAAGAGGCGAAAAAGAAUCUGCUCCAGAAGAGAAAGAAGGAGAAACUUCCUGUUGACAUCAUACCCUCCUCUGAGGAGGCCACACUUGACAAGGGUGAGCAGGUUGUUGCCGUGGAGUUGGACGUCACAACUACUAAGACUGCACAGCCUAAAGCCGACCCCUCUCCCACGGCUGAGGCAGCGAUCUCCACACAAGGCGUGCGCAUCGGAGGUUCAGAACCUGAACCACGACCUGCCAAGUGUGUGAAGAUCAGUGGAGAUGAGCCUGUGGUGAUUCCUGAUCCCAGCUCUCCUGUGUCUGACUGUAAAGAGAUGGAGAUGGAGGAGAACCAGCAGCAGAACAAGAGAGAGGACAGAAGAAAGAAAAGAACAGUGGAGAUGAUCCACGUCAGCUCUAACAGCAGUAUGGAGAACCAGUGUGCACAGCAGUAGGACUCAUCUGAACAUGUGGAUGUAUUAUGUCUGAUAUUCUUUGAAAAAAGUCUGUAUCUUUUUUUAUUCAAAUAUUCCAAUUCUUUUACCUCUACCUUUUCUCCGGACUUCACUGUAUUUGUUCUAUACUGUCAAUAUAUUUAAAUGUUACAGUAUUAAAAAUGUUUUGCAAUUAUA